AUGCAAGCUCAUCCAAACUUUUCAGAUAUUGUGCCCCAGCUGAAGGGUGUACCUGCAUUUCAUCAAGAACUAUCGUUUCAAGUAUACAUGGAUCUCAAGUUUGGCAAGUUGUAUGCACAUAUGAGAUGGGCUACUACUCGUGCUGAACAUGUCAAGGAAUGGAAUCGAGUCGUGAUAUGGGGUCGGAUGGAUGAUAAACUAACUCUAGAUGUAAUGAUACCGACACCUGUAUCAGAACGUUGGUCUAUUAGCAGUUUACAAGAGUACUUUAAGGUGUUGAAGCAUCCUGAUGACGCGUCUCGGCCUCCGUCAAGUGUGGUGCUCGCAGUGGUAGAAAGUGAUUCGAGUGUAUCAUACUAUCGCAUUCAUAGUGGUCUAGUGCCACCGCCACAGCCCAAGUCAAGAUGA